UGACGCUGUUGUUUGGGAGUCUGUUUAUUUGAAACGGCAAAGCAAAGCACUUUACAACUGACGACUCGUUUGAGAUCACGAUGUCGUCAGAGGAUGAAGACAUUCCUGUUCUCCCCAAAGACUCAGACCGAGGCAGCUCUGUGUCUUCUGAUCUUCAGGAUGAGUAUGAGGAGCUCUUCCGCUAUGCUGUUGUCGCCCCCAAAGAUGACCCGCUUUCUGUCGGUCAAGGUCAAAGUUCCGAGAGAACGGAUAAACCAAGCGGACAGAACCUGCACGAUCCUGAAGCAGAUGAGAGGCAAUCCAUCAGAAGUGUAAGAUUGUCACAGGCCUCUUGUCAGACUGAGAGGAUAGCAGGUCCGUCGUCACACAAGACUUCAGUGCGCUCCAAUGCGCCAUCAGUGGAUUUUCAGGCAGCAUCCAAAACAUCAGACAACCAGAAGUCCCAGGAGUAUGCUUUCACUGAGAUGUUUAUCUCCGAAGAGAAUCUGAGCAAAAUGGAAAACAUUCUGGAUACGUGGAGCAACAACCUCAAGUCAAACGUGCUAACCGAGCUCCAGAAGUGGAAGUAUGCCUUCAUGGAGCGGCACAGGAUGGAGAUGAAGAAGGAGGCGGAAAAGCAUGCAGUCCAAAUGGCUGGCCUGAAGUCAGAGCUCAAUACGCUGAAAGGGCUGCUGCGCACCUACGAGACGUCCAACCAGAGAAAGGAUGAGGUGAUCAGGAAUCUGAGCCUGGUGUUGGAGAGGCAAAAAGAGAAGCAGGAAAAGAUGAAAACCUUGACACAGUGGAGACUCCAGCAUGCUGAGGCUAAAGAAGAGGCUCAUGCUGUUAAGGUGGCUCGGCAGCACUACACUUUGCAGCUGAAGAGGAAGGUGUGGCAGGGCUGGCACGGUCUGAUCCAAAGGUACUGGAGGAGUAAGGUGGAGCGAGCGUGCCGUUCCAGGGCCGAGGAGGUCUGCUCCCACCUGUCCGCAGAGUACGAGGUCAAGCUGGCAGAGCAAGCCGAGGCUCUCGAGAAGGCCGAGGCAGAGAUUCAGGGGCUACACGUUGAGCGAGAGCGUUAUGAAGAGUCUAUGAAGAAAGCCUUCAUGAGGGGCGUCUGUGCCCUCAACAUGGAGGCUCUCAACAUGUUCCAGUCCACUGAAACACGAACAGAGCAGCUACCCGCGCAGGAACCACAUGAUCCUUCGCCUGGCCAGGACGAGCGUGGAUCAGCUACGUUGCCUAAGCAUCAGCCGUUUCCCUCUACCUCAAAAAGGUUGAGUCCAGUCCAUUUUGAUCGCUUCGAGCCUAUACAAAGGGAAGCUGAUGAUAUGGUUGGCCACAGAGUCUCCACCUCCCAGGAGGAGAUGCUUCCGUCCGCCACAGUUUUGCACAGCUCUCUGCCAGCAGGGGGCAUCGCGAGCACCCACAAACAGUCUGCUGCUCGGAUUUUGACGGCAGGACAACAGAAACCCUCAAAGACCGUGACGGCUCGCAUCACUGCACGAGCCGAUGUCGGUAAGGUCCCACACGGCGGCCUUCAGGUGAUGGGAGUAGCUCCACCAAUGAGCUCUGUCGUAGUAGAACGCCAUCAUCCUAUUACACAGCUGACGGUCGGACAGGCCAUCGCUUCGAAGUUUCCUCGGCCGUUCCAGCAGAGCCACACGUCCGCUGUGGGCAGAGCGACAUCGCGAACACACACCAGCACAUGCAGCGUCCACUCGAUCAAGGAAGUGGAAUGAUCACCCCCUGGUGCAUUAAAUUUAGUGAUAGCAUUUAAUUUAUUUUAUGCAAAAAUCUUCAUUUGUCUUUUAAACAUUCAUGUAAAGUUUGAUAUCCUACAACA